AUGGACAUCGGCAUCUAUGAUUCCAAAGCGCAGGUGAGGGCUGUCGUGGCGGAGUGGAAGGCAAUGAACUUCAUCGGGCUCUUCGAGGCUAUUGAUGUCAUGUCCAUCUCCCUCGUAAUGGGAUUCGAGAGGUAUUUGCGCAAGUUUGAUUCAGCAGCUGCCAUCCCAAUCCUGGUUGACGUGUGCAAAACGUUCAUUAAGGAGAAUACGCAGGGCGACCUCAUCGUUGUAUCACUGCGUGCCCUUUCGCUCAUCAUGGAGCACGUUCCAUCGUCUUACGAGGCAGCGCAGUCAUUCCACGUCUCUCUCGUGGAAAUCUCAUCGCAGGCAAUCCACCGAGCGCUCCGCACGGAGUGGACGUUUGUGCAGUCGAACAACAACGCGAUGAUUGAGGAGGGUCUGCGUGUCAUGCGCUUCAUCAGCAAGGACGAUAUGACGGGCGAGCUCAUCCACCGUGUUCCUCUCGGAGACUUGCUCACGCUGUGCACGGACUCCCGGCCGUUGGUGGCGCGACAGGCGUUAGAGACGCUGCUGAUGAUGAGUUGCAAGGUAGUCAUGCCGUCCGAGCUGGAGAGCCCGAGUCGUUCUUUCGCCUCCAAUAUCUUUUCCGUAUCGAAGUGGAAGAAGUUGUUGCGCAGCGGCACCGAUGGUGGCAAGCUUGGCCGCAAGUUCUCUUUCAACAGAGGCUCGUCAACGAAGGCGACCGCUACCGAGGGCACGGUGCCGUACGCAGACCACCCUGUAGUGACACAGGUUGAGAAUGUCAUCUCACCGCUUCUUGUCUCCCUGGUCGAACAGUACGCCAAAUCACUCGUGUCGAUUCCAGAGCACUGGAUUCUGCUCGAGCUGUCGCUGCAAUGCCUCGGCACGCUCAUUGAGCGAGCGCUGAUUUGUCACCGACCUCACACAGCCCGUGCCCUUACCUCGCCCCUGCUGCCCAAGAUACUGUUUCAGCUCAUUCUCGACACAGAGUCGAACGUCACUCUGGAGCCCAGCGUUCGCAUCGAUCGCGUCCUCCUGUGCGAGACCACCUUGACGCUGCUGACGAGCUGCCACCGCUACCUGAUGCUUGAGAGCUUGCAGCUGCCGGAGGCGCGCCGCUUCUUCCAGCUCAUUCUGGAGGACUCGACGGACGAGAUUACCACCCUCCUCGACGACCCUUUCCCGCGCGCUGUCAUUGCCACCCGCAGCACGCAGAACCGCGACAAGGAUCACAUCACCUCCAUCGCUGCUCUGCAGCUCUUCGUAUUAGCCUGUCCGACGGUGCCAUCGGAUGCCUUUGGGCUGAAGCCGAAGCUGGUGCUGCCGGUACACCAGUGGAUGUGGGAGGAUGAGAUGCGCCACAAGAACUGCAUGAUCGAGGAGCAGUGCGUGUUGCUCGAGAGGAGCUGGGCGCGACUCGAUCACCACGCCUGCAUCCCUCUCCGCCUAAAGUCUGCCAACGUAGACUUGCGCACCAUGACAAUGUGGAAGGGUCCUAACGGAGUACACCGCAACAUCUUCCGCGCCUACAUCCCGUUUGUGUACCACUUCGCAGAUGAGGCAGCGUUGCGACCCAUCGUUGCCGUGAAGGAGGCCGGGCCCUGUGCGGCGGACGGCACUAUGCUCGUGUGGAAGCUGACGACGUCGGAAACGCAUGACCGCCACGCGAUGGUCAGCACUAUAAUAACGAAAGAGGUGAAUAGCGACACGGGCAGCUCGAGCUCGACGAGGCGGGGUCGCUUCAAAGGCUCUAUCACGUCGCGCACGUUGUCCGAGAAAGAAUCCACGAACGCGUCGGCUUCUGUGCUCCCGGCGGUGGUGCUGAACACGCAGCUGGAGGUGCCGGAGGAUCACAUCUCGCUUACCGAGGAGUACUUUACCUCCCUGUGCAUAUUUGCAAAGAAUACGUCGGGGCAGAUGGCGAAGCAGGUAGCCACGUGUGCGUGCGCGUCGAUGCUGCAGCUCAUGUUUCUGUCCGGUGCCUCGGAGCGCUUUGAGAAGCUGAUGACCAAGGCGGUGCUGCCCAUGUGCGAGAUGUGCCGCGAGGCUCUCAUUUCGGCAGACAAGGCAACCAAGGCGCUCGCUCUGACGAUGAUUGGUUGGAUGCUGCACCACCCGAUGGCCGAACCGUGCGAGUUCACGGGAAGUGCUCUGCGCUGCGGUUUGCUGGACCAGCUGGAGAUCCUCUCCAAGAUGGCGCUGCUCGUGCACGAGAGGCCCACGCGGACCGCGACGCUUGCAGAGAAGGCGAACACACUGGCGGGCUGCAUAGUGGAAAAGAUUAAGAAUAGCCGCACCUUACACAUCGGUGGAGACGCGGAGGUGAAUGUGACGAGCAACACUACUCUUGAUCGAGCUUUUUUCUCAGAGGCUAUGCUGCGUGUGCAGACGGUGCUGGAUGAGCUACAGCGGUGCCAGUGUAAGGCCGCCAAGGACCCGGUGGCGACCAGCAGCAGCAGUACGACCACAACAGCCGACAAACAAGGCAGCUCUGCGUGUGUGAGUAAGGUAGAACUCGACACACACGAGAGUGCAAUCCGCGAACUCCUGCGUAUCUUCCAAGAGUCGAACGACAUCACCGCCUACGAGGUCUUCAACGCUGGGGUAGCCUCCACGCUGCUGUACUAUCUCCUUGGUGAUCGGACGUUGGAGGACGUGGCUGGGGACACGGUGGUGUACGCCUCCGGCGCCGCUGCCUCCACCUUCCAGAGCAAAACUGUCUCUCUGCAAGGUGUGCACAUGGGACUGAUAGACCGAAACGCGUCGUCGUGGGCGGCGAUGAUGGCCAGUGGCAUGCAUGUCGCCGACAUACUUGCCAUGUAUAUGGAUGAAAAGCGCAUGGAAUGCUUUAUCCAGUGCGCGGUAGCCUACCCCACUGGGAUGCGCCGGCUAGUGUCCACCCUCACUUCGAACCUGUCGCUGCAGAGCUACCUUCCACUUGUUGAGUCGGUGGUAACCUACAACAAGGUGGUGUGCAAGACGCCUCUGCAAGCGCAUGAUGCGCUAGUCAUGAUCUCUCCAUUAAUCACACUCUGCGGCGAUGCUGGCCAGCGCAUCUUAGCCGCCAUCAAAAACACGACAGGUGAUAUUUCACCGCUGCCUCACAGCGACAACUCUGUAACUGCGGACGGCUUCUCCUCGACGCCGGCUGCAUCACACCCGAGAAGGGCAGAACCGAAGCUGAGAAAGCCGGGGUUGCUGUCGUCUUCAUUGGCACGCAGCAAGGCGAUUUUGUCGCGGAGGAACGAGCCGCGCAAUGUCACGCGGAUCGCAAAGGAAUGCUGCAUGGAGGGCCACCGCCUUCAAUUCAUCGAGAGCUACAGGCAGGCGCACUUCUGCAACAAGUGCCACCGCACCAUAUUCAGUGGACACCACUGCCGCACGUGCAACUACAACGUGUGCGUGAACUGCUACCGUAGCUACACUGGCAAUGUAGAGCUGAUCCGGUCACUGGCUUCGAUAGAGCGGAACCAUAUACACCUCUGCGCCACUAUUGGCGAUCUGGAGCGGUGGUUUCGCACCGGGUCCACCUCAACCAAAGGUACUCAGCAGGCCCCGGCUUCGCAGUCGACGCUCAAUCAUCUCGAGCGCUUCACAACGCGUGUCCUCACCUUCUUGAAGCGGUAUACGGAGGUUCGCAACACGCCUGCAGCCACACCCUUCACACAUGCCAGCGGUGCAACAGCCCCAAGCUUCCUUUCCUCUGCAAACCCGACCACCAGUAUCAGUUUUUCAGUGGAGCUUGCGAAGAAGUUGCUAAGUCACCCGAAUGUUGUACGACGCCUAACGUACAAGUACCUCUCGCAGUUUUCGAUGCGUGGGGUGCUGCUGGACGAGGGCGCACCGAUCAUACCAGCCCAUGCGACUGCCCUUGACGCUGAGGUGCAGAAGGUACUGAGCACUGCGGUGGAGAGGCAGGCAGCUCAUUAUAUGGUGCAGGAAGCAGUGGAGGAGCGGUACAUCUUGUAUCGCCCUUCAUGUGGCAUGCUCCCCUUUCACGAGACGGUGCUAAGCACUCUUUACCGCCGCGCCUUUGCACUCGGCGAUUAUCAACUGCUUCUGAAGCUGGAAAAUUGUCUGCUGCGGCUUGACGGCACCGUGGAGGAGCCGCUGACGCUGCAGGCGAACAGCGCCGUGACGGUCGCGAAUCCUGCUGCCGUGUCAAGCGGGCGCCACCUGAAUAUGAAGUUCAUAAAGAAGUCCAAAUCGGUCAAGUCGCCGCUUGCAGGAGGUAGGACCUGGUCUUUCAGCUCCUCGGCUUCAAUAACGGCAGGGAAGCCGAUCACCGCGUCCGAGGAGAAGUUGGUGGAGGAGCGCGAGCUCGAGGGCAACAGUGCUGUAAAGAACAAGACCUACAUUUUUCACCACUUCGAGAGUGACUCGGCAGCAUGCUGCGCUUGCGGCGCACACUCCCGCGCCGAGUUUCACACGGAGGAGCCGCCGGCGCUCAUCUUUACGGCACCCGACUUUGCUCACCGGGCCGAUAUGCUGCUGCUCAUCAUGCUUCAUCGGGUCCUCUUCGAGGAGACUCAUGGGCUGAUCGCCUAUGCCGCGGAGGCCAAGGACAUUUUUGGCGGUGAUGACAGCAUCUUCGAGAACAGCGCUAUCACCAACACAUUGGUGCGCUCGCUGGAAGCGUCGGCGCUGCGUGUGAGCAUGCUGCCGCCACUCUACGCGCUGCCGCGGUGGGUGAACUUUGUGUUGCGUGAGGGGCGCUUUCUCAUCCCGCUGUCAGUGCGGGAGCGGACGUCGCGCUUUUUGGCUUACGGUGCACGGCGCUCCUUCACCCAGCACAUGCGCUUCUUCCGUAAUCAGCGCACCAACCGGCCAUUCUUGAACUUACCGGGUGAGUGGGCGAGGCAGUCGAACCACAAGUUCUCCGUCAGCCGCGAUACGUUCGCGCGCGAUGCAUACAUGAUGCUGCGCAAGUGCUCUGACGCGCGGUUUCCUAUCUCGGUGGAGUUCAAAGGCGACGUUGGCGUCGGUCAGGGCCCAACGGCGCAGUUCUACACUCUGCUGGCGACGGAGGUAAGCAAGUGCUGCACCAAGCUGUGGCGCAUGGACGGCGACAAAGCAAGCAACCGCAACAACACCGCUGCGGUGACAAACUCGUCUUUAGCGGUUGUGACCAGAACCGACUCGCUGAUGGCUGCUUCGCCGCCUACAUCGUUGCCGCGGCGUACCAGUAGCAUCACCCCUACGCACUCCCCAGCUCGUGCUAGCUCCAUAAAGAACGGUGCCGCUGGCACAGUGAACUCACGGAGCUUUGGCGCCACUUAUACGCCGCCUUCCUCAGCUAAGGUUUCGCACGCAGGAUCGGUGGACAGUGCUGCUCGUAGCGCAACCCUCAGCCCGAGGCCGUUCAUGGCGGGUGCGCUGGACGCUGACGCAGUCCUCGUACCACCACCGGAAGGCUUUUAUCCGCGCCGCAUGGAUGGCGUGCGCUGGUACGUCGAAGACGUAGAGAGUUUUUCCACGACACCUCUACGGUGCUGCAGCAGUGAUCGCUUUCUCGGUGACAGCGUCACGGCCCACGCCUUGCACCGGAGUUGUAGCGAACAACUAGGCUUUUCAAUGACUCGAAGAGGUCUCAGCUUCAUCGAUCACGCGUCCACUUGGGGGACUGACAACAAUCACCACCAUAGCAAUAACCUCAGUGCCUCCGCGGCCCACCACAAUGUGAACAAGAGAACGGUUUUGGUGGACCGAAAUGCUGGUUUGAUGCGGGGCUACGCCAUGGAGCAGCGGGAGCGUGCCAAGGCAUACUACGCCAUCGGCGCCGCACUCGGCCGUGUCUUUGUGGAUGAGCAGGUGUUUCCGCUUCCACUGUCACGGGCGGUAGUCUACUUUAUUCGUCGAGGCGUGCCGGCCUACCAGUCCGUGCUGCCCAUCGUGAAGCACACUGACCCACUGCCAGAGUUCCCGAUCGACCUAUUCGAGCUACCGUUGGCAGCGGUGAGCUGGGCGGAUCAACGUCUUGCACAGAGCCUGGCGUCCCUGUCAACCAUGGAUAAGGCCACCCUCGCUGCGCUCGACCUGUAUUUUACCCUCCCUGGUGAUGAUAACUUCGAGCUUUUCCCUGGCGGUGCUCAGGUAAAGGUCACCAAGGAGAACUUGCGGCUGUAUCAGCGCCGUGUUGUUGGAGCGUUCCUGUACGAGUCCGUCGCGGUGCCGUUGUACUUCUUGACGAUGGGCUUUCAGGACGUUGUACCGCACGAGGCGCUCACAGCUCUGGAGGUAGAGGAGCUGAUUGGCAUUCUCUGUGGGGAGGACAAGAACCCAAAUGACCCCCUAUGGACGACGGACGAGAUUCGCUCUGUACUGGUGGGUGACCACGGCUACCAGAACGACUCGCCGCAGCUGGGACUACUGGCAAAAGUGCUCGGACAGCGGCUGACUCCAGCAGAGCAGCGCGACUUCCUGCUCUUCUGCACCGGCUGCCCUCGGCUGCCUAUUGGCGGUAUCCGCGCUCUCGGUGCCAUCACGGUAGUACGGAGCUCUAACGCGUUUGCGGAGGCGCAUACUGAGGCAUUGCAGGCGGAGGCUGGAACAUCGGUGGGCAGCAGCAGCGGCGGCGCUGGAUUGAUCCAUGUGGAGGAGGGGGAGGUUCAAAGCGGCUCACUGGGUGGCUUGUGCAAGCUCAGCGCGCAGACCAACGCGGAGGACACGCCGUCUGUACAACCUGAGACUCCGCGCUGCAACGCAUCUUCCCUCUACAGUGCUGUAUCAGAGCAGCCGUGCGACAUGCCGUCAACCUUUGAGGCUGAUCUGGCCGACUCUGAGUGGGCGUUGCCAUCGGUGAACACAUGCUUCCGGUACUUAAAGCUGCCGCCAUACCCGAGCGAGGAUCUGCUAUACAAGAAGCUGCUGAUGAGCAUCACGCAAUCCGGCGGCAACUUUGAGCUUUCAUAG